CUGCGCUACUUUCAAUGAAAUGGGAAUAAAUAAUUCUAAGCUGAACUGUGCCAGCAGAAAGGCAAGAGAGGAGCCCUAUCGCCAGGUGAAGGUGGAUGAGAAAACAAAAGAUGAAAAUGGUGACCAUUUGAGAACAGCUGACAAGAAAAAUGGAGAAAAUUUUGUUUCUAAGAAAAAUAACUCUGCAUCAAAAAAUCCAAAAGGUGACCACUUGAGAACUGAUAAGAAAAAUGGAGGAGAUAUAGUGCCAAAAGACAAUUCUGCAUCCAAUCCAAAAGGUCAAACUGUUCAGGAGAUUGAAAAUCAAGUUCAAAAUGGACAACUAAAAGAUGAAAGAAACACAAAUACAACAAAUUCCAAAUCUACAGUAGGAAAGUUGGCUGUAAAGGAAAAGGAGCAUAUACAGAAGAAGGAAAGCAAGGAGAUGUACAGUGAUGAUGAGCCUAAACCAUAUGAUUUUGUUAAAGCUAUAAAAACAGAUUAUGUAAGUGGAAAUUUCACACCAUCAAAAGGAGGUUCAACAGAGGUCAAAAAAGAAAGGGACAGAACAGUUGAUAAAGAUGAGACAAAUCCAAAGUCUGUAAAUAACCAAACAGGAUCCAGUGAUGAAACGGAAAUAAAACAGAGUUAUGGCCCUUCUUUAACUGAUGGUGAAGAUCCUGACUCCGGUGACCACUCGUCUUUGGAAAAAGAUUGUCUCCCAUCACUGAACAGUGAAGACAGACGCGAGGGACUGGGGGAAGAGUUUGUAGAUGCAGAUCAUACUGAAUACAAUGAACAGCAGGAGAAAUCUAAGAAAAACACCACCCUGUCAAAAGAUGAUGAAAACACUACAGAAAGUGAUGAUAGUGAUGAUGAUGGUGAUGAAGACAAUGAUGAUGAAGAGGAGGAAGGUGGAGUUCCAGGAAACUACAAUUUUGGAUAUGUAACAAAUAUGAUUAUUGGCAAGGGGAAAAUUAUAGACAGAGAAACAGUUGUUACAUCAAAAACCAGUUCUAGAUCCAAAAACAGUUCCAAAGCUAAACACAGUUCCAAAGGGAAAAACAGUUCUAAAGGCAGGAAAAAGUUUGAAAAAGGCAGUAACAAGUCAAAAGGAAAAACAGUGAAUGCAGAAAAUGUGCGUAAUUUAGGCAUUGGAAAAGUUAAUGUACUGAAGGAGACGACAAUUGUAGAGCAUCCUAAGUCAGUACAUGUACCAACAAAAGCUGAAAAAAUAAUGCAUAAAACAGAACCGCUGUGGCCUGGACUUCCAGUGUCCGACAUGGAUGAACUUCGUAAAGUGACAUUUUCUGUUGGAAUGAUUCAUGGAUUCAAAUUGACUGGAAGUGUGUUUAGAGUUGGGAAGGACAAAAUAUUUACUGCAUGGCAUGUAGUUAGAGGAAUAAUAUGUGUUGAUAAUCAUUCCAGAAGGCUGGAUUAUAAACGUUUGGCAGACCCUGGUGUGUUUGUAGACUUUGGGUAUGAAGAAACAUACCAGGCAGACUGUAUGAACAGAUUUCCAGUAGAACCCAAUGUUCUGUACUACAAUGAGAAACUGGACAUUGCUGUUCUUCAACUGAAGCAAAAUACUUAUGGAAUGCCAUUUCCAAAAGCACUGACAAACUUCGAUAAGUUUACACAGGAAAUGCAUGAAAAUCAUCCAAUAUAUCUGGUUGGGCAUACAAAUGCACUCCGGAAGAGUUUGGACUUGGUUAUGAAAUACUGGCAUCCUUUUGAUCAUCGUAUCAAAGAAUUAAGUGAGUGGUAUGAGAAUGAAUUUGAUUUUAAACAUGGAUACGGUUUUACUGGCAUUAAAGAUAAAACCCGCCUUCUUUUUCAAUGCCAAUUUCGCCAUGGAGCAUCUGGUUGCCCUGGUUUUAUUGUUCGAUCCAAGGGAGAUAUACGGGUGGUAACUGUUCUUCUGAGGGGAUUCCCAGAUUUCUACUAUUUCAGUAAUUUCACAGAGGAAGAAAGGCUAAGAGUUCCUAUAGACAAACUAAUACAGCAAGGUUCUGACAUGGAGGCUAUCUGGAAGGAUGUGGAAAGUAAAAACAAGGAACUCUACAGAGAGAUUUUUCAUUACAAGGACUAUAUUUCUCAUUCAGAGAAAAAUCAACCUGUCGCUACUCCUUCAGAAGAAAAAGUUCUGAACUUUCCCCAGAGUCCUGCAUCCACUGGGAAUGAGAGGAAGUCUGAAAGUUCAGGUGGUGCUGUGACCUGCAUACCCAGAGUAGCUUCAGGGAAAGAUCCUCUGGUGAUGCUUGCAUCAGGUAAAUCUCAGGCCAUAACAGGAAGUGACAAGGUCCCAACAGAAAGCACUUCAGAUACUGGUGAAAAGCAACCUGAGGCUACAAUCCACACUCAAGAAAUCCCUGUACAGCAUGAAAGAGUCCAAACUGAAGAAAAUAAUACCAGCUCCACAGUAGGAUCUCAGCUCUCUGGUGAAAGAAACAACACCUCAGAGCAAACUGUUGAUGAUGCACAAACAGUCAGGAGUUCAGGUGGUGAUGGAAGUCGUUGCUCCACCUCUUCGUUUAACAGACAGAUGUCUGAAAUCACUACCUCUGCUUUUGAAUCAGAAUGUGCAGAGAUCAGACAACAAGCUAACAACAGCAAGUCUGCAAGUGCAAGCAAAGUGUGGUAGUAAUCUACACCAUAAACUGUGAUAAAAGUGAACUAUGCCCUCUCCCCCCUUCCCUCCCAAAAAAUUCUGUGCCAAUUACAUUAACUUGAAAAAUUUCCCAAUGCAAAGAAUUGAAAUUAGAUUCUGCUUAGAUGGAGCAGCAGAAUUAUUUUAAAACAAGUCCAGCAAAGAAAAUUUUAUUUAAACAAACCUUAUAUGUAUAGAUUGAACUGUUAAUUUUGUCAUUUUCAAGUGAUUAGUGUUGCACAUUGAAAGAUGGAUAGGCUACACUAACAUACAUUACAUGGACGUUCUUUUUCUGGGCAAAGCUUUCAUAAUACAUGUGUAUUAAAUUUUGUUUUGUUUAUAUAAUGAUAUUCAUACAUGUAUAUGAAUCUAAUAAGUUGUGAAAACUUUUAGCAAAAAUUCAAGAGGAGCAUUUUAUUUCACAUCUUAUUGUAACCUCACUUAACAAGGGUAUUUUUCUUUCAGAAUAUUUUGGUUGUGAUCCAAGUGUAGUAUUAAGUUGAUUAACAUAAAAGGUUGUAAAUAUUCAUUGUACAUAUGUAUCAACUUUCCAAAGAAGUCUUUCAUAUUUAUGUCAUAUUAAAGAUACUCCAAAA